AUGGCCUUGCAACUGCCGACUCCCAAUCCGCCCCUACAUCCUCCUAGCCAACACUACUCUCGACUUGGACGCUCUUGUCCACUUGUCCUUCUCCUUUGCGCUCAUCUUCCCAACUCUGCCUCAUUCGUCAACCCUUCACUUUCACUCUGCUCCGUCCUCCCAUUACGACCACGCCAAAUUGACCAUCUUUAUGUAUCCUCAUCGAUUGCUUCACUCCACCGCCAGAAAGACUUAGGCAUAGCUCUUCCUCCUUCCCAAUCGCCCUCGCCCUCGCCCUCGCCCCCUUUCUCGCCUUCGACGAGCUGUCCCGCUUCAACAUUUCACCGCCUCCACGAACUGCCUAAACCCUGGCCUCUGUGGGCCACAAGUUGCCAUGGCAUCCGGACCAGUCGGACCAACUUAAGGCCAUUUCCCACUCGAUUUCCUCUUCUGCCCAGUCCUGCUUGGCCAGAAGGUGUAACGUCACCAAGGCCUUCAGUUCGCCUUCAGUUAGUGGAAUUCGCUUGCCUUAUCUGGCCCAGAUUGUUCGGUUUCUGA